AUGUCUAGCAGCACAAUGGCCACCUCAAGUCGGUCAGCGAUGCGACUGCUCUCAGCCAGAUCGAGAUGCAUGCUCCAAACCCCUCGUCUCAAGUCAUCCUUAGCGCAGACUCGCUACUCGUCAAGAUACAGCAAUCCCGCAGCUCGUGCAACUGGCUCGACCCUCUCAGCUAGAGCCCCUUCUUUCCUCGAUCAGCAGCAGACUGUCGACUCUGAGGAUGCAGAAGCUCGUCCAAUUAACCCGCUGGACGAACUCGCCGCCCGUCGCGAGUUCGAAGCCAAACGUUCAAAUGCCAUGCAGCGUAUGCGAUUCGCCGCCGUCGGUCUACUUAUGAGUGUUGGUGGACUCGCCCUCACGCUUUACAACAUUGAUCUGGACGAACUGGAAAAGAGUGCCAACAAGAAGAAGGCUCAACUAGAUGCUGGGCCAGGCUCGGAAGACUUCCAGGGCCGUCACGUACAUGUCAUCGGCGCUGGUGACGAUAAGAGAAUUGUAGCAGAGGGUGAACAAGAGCUGGACCUGGUAAGAACAGGCAGCGGCAGCGUACCCUACUUCCCCCGUAAGAUCUUCUUGCCUAUUCCUGGCUCAAAGACUGCCAGAUCAGAAACAGCACAACCCAACUCGCGUAUCAACCCUGGCAACGUGCAAAACCAAGAGGAGUACACUUUGGUCGGUCUCGGUAUUCGCACCGUCUCUUUCCUGUCCAUUGAAGUCUAUGUCAUGGGUCUCUACGUUCGUACUCAGGAUGUCUCAACUCUGCAAGCUCGCCUCAUUCACCUCAUCAACCCCAACGCUUCUACCCUUGUACCUGGCGAGAAGGAUGGCCUCAAGCAACGCAUGCUCGACCCCGACACUAGCGUCGAGAUCUGGGAGCAGAUGCUGCGCGAAGAAGGUAUUCGUUCCGCAUGGCGCGUUGUUCCAUCNAAAAACACCGACUUUGCCCAUCUGCGCGAUGGCUGGGUCAAUGGAAUCAAGCGCGCCACCACCGAGAUCAACAGAGUCAAGCAAAACAAACCUGCAAUCGUCACUUCGGACUAUGAGAACGAGUCUUUCGGCGAUGCUAUGCGUGACUUCAAGGGCAUGUUCAGUGGCGGUCGCACGCCCAAGGGCUCUAUAGUGCUGAUGUUGAGAGAUGCCCCUGGAUCGAUGGAAGUGCUUUUCGAAGACCCAGCCAAAGGCACUGGCAUUGAGAGAGUAGGCAAAGUCGAAGACCCCAGAAUCAGCAGGCUGAUCUGGAUGGGUUAUCUGGCAGGCAAGAACGUCAGCUCGGAACCAACAAGAAAGGCUGUAGUCGAUGGCUUUGUAGGAUUCGCCGGUCGUCCUGUUGGCUCUGUUGAGACUAUGGUCGUUUAG